CAAGUGUUUGUUUACAUUUGAUUCAACAAAUGUUGAGAAAUAAUUUUGUGCUUUUAUUAUUCUGUGUCUUUGAUUUAAAUUUAAUUGUGGUUUCAAUUUAUAAUUGAGUUAAUUUGUCGACAAGAUGGGAAGUAAUGUAAUCGCUCAGAAGAAUAUUAAAAAGGCUUUGGAAGAGGAUCCCAGUAUUUUUGAAUAUGAUGAGAUUUACGAAGACAUAAAGAAGGACAAUAAGCCGGUUGAUGAUUUAAAGAAAAACGAACCUAAGAAAGAAUUGAAAUCUAAGUAUAUUUCCAAUUUACUUAAAACUGCUAAUAAAAGAAAACAGGAAUCUGAACAAAGAUUUGAUCGUAAAAUUCAAGCUGAAAGGGAAGCGGAAGGUGAACAAUUCGCGGACAAGGAAACGUUUAUUUCUGCUUCUUACAAGCAAAAGUUGGAAGAGAAAAGUUGCCGAGGAAAAGCAAAGAUGGAAGAAGCUUUGGAAGAAGCGAUGGACGUGAAAAAACAGAAAGAUCUCAGUGGAUUUUAUACAUAUUUUCUAAAUAAUACUCUUACCAAUGAAGCGAAAAAGAAACAAGAUGAGAAAAUUGAAGAAGAGAAAAAAGCAAAAAUCAAGAGAAAACAGAGCUACCGGCCUCGAGAGGCUCGACAAAAUUCAAUGGAAGAUGAUGAUUCUACUAUUACAUGUAAAAAACUACGAGAAGAUAAACAAAAAAACAACGAAGAAGAAAAAGGAAAAGAAAAAGAAAAGAAAGAAUCAGCCCGUUUUAUCGAUGGUGAUGCUGAUGUCGAACAUGAAUCGGAGUCUGAAUCAGAAUCAGAAUCAGAUACAGAGAAUGAUGUUCCAAGUGGUGGUCAUGUUAAUGAAGAAGAAGUAAAAUCAACCGUUGAACCAAAAGAAAGUGAAGUGAUUAAAGACGAAGUGAAAUCCGACGAACCCAAGUUAUCACAUGAAGAGAUUAAAAAACAGAAAUUAGAUGCAAUUUUUAAGAAGCGAACUGUUGGUCAAGUGUUCGAAGAUGCUGUCCAGAGAUAUUCAGCUAGAGUUGCUGAUCGUUUAUUGUCCACAUAAU